AUGGUCCCGGGCGCAGUGGAGGAGAGGCCGGCGCAGGGAGUUGUUCAGUAUGAGCUUUACGUGGAUGAUGGGGAGGUGCGGUGCUUCUGGGCCACUGUCCUCCUGGUCCUGACCCUAUUCCUGCUGGCUUGCUUGCUGCACAUGGACAACAGACUGCUUACACCCCCACACUCGGAUGAGGCCAAGGGGCUGCCCAUCACCAACGUCAUGUUCCUCAAGACGCACAAGACGGCCAGCAGCUCGGUGCUCAACAUUGUCUUCCGCUUCGCGGAGACACACAACCUGUCUGUGGCGCUGCCUGCCGGCUCGGACCUCCACCUGGGCUACCCCUGGCUCUUCCUGGCGCGCUACGUGGAGGGAGUCCAGCAGGACCGCAGCGGUCAGCAGCAGCACUUCAACAUCAUGUGCAACCACCUGAGGUUUAACCCGCCUGAGGUGCAGAAGGUCAUGCCCAAAGGCACUUUCUACUUUUCCAUCCUCAGAAACCCCAUCUUCCAGCUGGAGUCCUCCUUCACCUAUUACAGGAACUACGUCCCCGCCUUCAAGCGUGCCAAGAGUCUGCACGUCUUCCUGGCCUCCCCCGGCACCUACUACAACGAGGGCGUCGGCCUGGCGAACGUCUACGCCAGGAACAACAUGUGGUUCGACUUCGGCUUCGACAACAAUGCGCCGGCGGAGGAGAACUACGUGCGCGCGCGCCUGGCGGACGUCGAGCGGCUCUUCCAGCUGGUGCUCAUCGCUGAGUACUUCGACGAGUCCAUGGUGCUGCUGCGGCGCCUGCUGCGCUGGCGGCUGGACGACGUCGUGUCCUUCAAGCUCAACUCGCGCAGCCAGAACAGCAUCACCAGCCUGACACCGGAGAGCCAGGAGCGCGUAAAGCACUGGUGCGCCCUGGACUGGCGCCUCUACCAGCACUUCAACCACACCUUCUGGGCCAAGGUGCGCGCAGAGCUGGGCCCAGAGCGGCUGCGUGCUGAGGUGGCCCUGCUGCGGGCACGGAGGCGUGAGCUCACGGCCCUGUGCCUGCAGGACAGCGUGCCCAAAAACAACUGGCAGAUCAACGACCCCCAGCUGCGCCCCUACCAGGCCGGUGAAGCAGACAUCCUGGGCUACAACCUCCGGGAGGGCCUGGACAACGAGACGCUGCAGAUGUGUCUGAGGAUGGUCACCCCCGAGCUCCAGUACACAGCCCGCUUGUACGCCCUGCAAUUCCCAGAAAAGCCCCCCAAGAACAUCCCCUUAAGGGGGCCGUAG